ACAUUCUCUGUACCAAUCUUUGCCAGCUCUGCCCAUUACUUCUUACACAAAACCCCAACACCCUCUCUCUCUCUAGAUCACCAUUUCCACUUUCUCUCUCUUCCCCCAAAGACUCUUACACUUUUCAAAACUUGAAAAUGGAUUCAUCAGAUGAUGAAAGUGGUGAGGAAUAUCUUUUCAAGAUUGUAAUAAUUGGUGAUUCAGCAGUUGGAAAAUCAAAUUUGCUGACACGUUAUGCAAGAAAUGAAUUCAACUUGCAUUCAAAAGCAACAAUUGGUGUUGAGUUUCAGACCCAAACUCUUGAAAUUGAUGGUAAAGAAGUAAAAGCUCAGAUUUGGGAUACAGCUGGUCAAGAAAGAUUUAGAGCUGUUACUUCUGCUUAUUAUCGUGGUGCUUUUGGUGCUCUUGUUGUUUAUGAUAUUACUAGACGUACCACUUUUGAUAGCAUCCCUCGUUGGCUUGAUGAGCUCAAAACUCAUUCUGAUACCACGGUUGCAAGGAUGCUCGUGGGAAAUAAAUGUGAUUUGGAUAACAUAAGAGCUGUGAGCGUAGAAGAAGGCAAAAGCUUGGCGGAAUCAGAAGGGAUGUUCUUCAUGGAGACAUCUGCCCUCGACGCAACAAACGUAAACAAGGCUUUCGAGAUGGUGAUUCGAGAGAUCUAUAACAGUGUUAGCAGAAAGGUUUUGAAUUCUGAUUCUUAUAAAGCUGAAUUAUCUGUCAACAGAGUUAGCCUCGUCGAUAAUGGUACCGAUGGAUCAAAACAAAAUCAAGGCUAUUCUUGUUGUUCUAGGUGAUUGAUGAUGGUUACAAGAAUGGUAAUCAAACCAAAAAAUCAGGGCUAUUAAGUUUAUAAGAACUGUUCAUUAAAUUAUUUGGUUGGUUUUAUACUAUUUAUUGAUUUCUUAUUGAUGGAAUACUUUUGUAAUGGUCAGGAACUUGAUAUUUAUAUUCUAUUCUAAAUAGCAGCUAAAAUGAAAAAAAGUUUCUUUCCUCAA